AUGUCGACGACGAAAACACACACUGCCAAUUCUAAGCAAUUGAAAGUGUUUGGAAUUGAUGUUGAAUCAAUUCGAGUUUUAUUAAAAGUAAUAAUUUUCAUUUCAAUAGCAGGUGCAGCUAUUUCAAGUCGAUUAUUUUCCGUCAUUAGAUUUGAAAGUAUAAUUCAUGAAUUUGAUCCAUGGUUUAAUUUUAGAGCUACUAAAUAUUUAGUAACUCAUUCAUUUUAUGAAUUUUUAAAUUGGUUUGAUGAUAGAACUUGGUAUCCUUUAGGUAGAGUUACUGGAGGUACUUUAUAUCCAGGAUUAAUGGUAACUUCAGGAGUUAUUUAUAAUGUUUUGAAGAAUUAUUUAAGUAUGCCUAUUGAUAUUAGAAAUAUCUGUGUCAUGUUAGCUCCUGUAUUUUCAGGAUUAACUGCUAUUUUCACUUAUUUGUUAACUAAAGAAAUGAAGGAUUCAAGUUCUGGUUUAUUGGCAGCUAUUUUCAUGGGUAUUGCUCCUGGAUAUAUUUCAAGAUCAGUUGCUGGUUCAUAUGAUAAUGAAGCAAUUGCAAUUACUUUAUUAAUGGCUACUUUUUAUUUUUGGAUUAAAGCUAUGAAAUUGGGUAGUGUCUUUUAUGGUACUUUAACAGCAUUAUUUUAUUUCUAUAUGGUUAGUGCUUGGGGUGGUUAUGUUUUCAUUACUAAUUUGAUUCCAUUACAUGUAUUUGUUUUGAUUUUCAUGGGUAGAUAUAAUCCAAAAUUAUAUACUGCUUAUACUACUUGGUAUGCAUUGGGAACUUUAGCAUCUAUGCAAAUUCCGUUUGUUGGAUUUUUACCAAUUCGAUCAAAUGAUCAUAUGGCUGCUUUGGGUGUUUUCGGCUUGUUGCAAUUAGUUGCCUUGGGUGAUUAUGUUAGAUCUAAAGUCCCAAGCAAGCAGUUCAAGUCAUUUUUGAUUGUUUCUACUGUAUUGGUUGUUGCUUUAGGUAUUGCCGGUUUGAUUGGUUUAACAGCCCUUGGUUGGAUCGCACCUUGGACAGGUAGAUUCUAUUCCUUGUGGGAUACCAAUUACGCCAAAAUUCAUAUUCCAAUUAUUGCUUCUGUUUCUGAGCAUCAACCAACUGCUUGGCCUGCAUUUUUCUUUGAUACUAGUAUGUUAAUCUGGUUGUUCCCAGCGGGUAUUUAUUUGUUGUUUCAAGAAUUGAAAGACGAACAUGUUUUCAUUAUUAUCUAUAGUGUAUUAUGUUCUUAUUUUGCUGGUGUUAUGGUUAGAUUAAUGUUGACUUUAACACCUGUUAUUUGUGUCACUGGUGCUAUUGCUUUAUCUAAAUUGUUUGAUGUUUAUUUGGAUGUUGUUGAUCUUUUCACCACCACCUCCAAUGAGCAAGAUGAAGAAGUUGACUCAUCAUCCAAGAAAUCUUCUAAAAAUUCCAAAGGUUUACCGGUUGCUGGCUUAGUUUCUAAACUUGUUGUUUUAUUAUCCUUCACUUUCUAUCUUUUCUACUUUGUUUUACAUUGUACUUGGGUCACUUCGAAUGCUUAUUCUUCUCCAUCCGUUGUUUUAGCCUCAAGAAACCCAGAUGGCUCUCAACAUAUCAUUGAUGAUUAUAGAGAAGCUUAUUAUUGGUUACGAAUGAACACUCCAGAAGAUGCUAAAGUUAUGGCUUGGUGGGAUUAUGGUUACCAAAUUGGAGGUAUGGCUGAUAGAACCACUUUAGUUGAUAAUAAUACUUGGAACAAUACUCAUAUUGCAACUGUUGGUAAAGCCAUGUCAUCUCCCGAGGAAGUUUCUUAUGAAAUCUUGAAAAAGCAUGAUGUUGAUUAUGUUUUAGUUAUUUUUGGUGGAUUAUUAGGUUAUUCUGGUGAUGAUAUUAAUAAAUUCUUGUGGAUGGUUAGAAUUGCUGAAGGUAUCUGGCCAGAUGAAAUUAAAGAAAGAGAUUUCUUCACUGACAGAGGUGAAUAUAAAGUUGAUUCACAAGCAUCUAAAGCCAUGAAAAACUCAUUAAUGUACAAGAUGUCUUAUUAUAGAUUUGCUGAAUUGUUUGGAGGUAGGGAUGCUGCUGAUAGAGUUAGAAACCAACAAAUUCCAGCUAAUGAUCCACCUCAAUUAAACAUUCUUGAAGAAGCAUUCACUUCUGAAAACUGGAUUGUUAGAAUAUAUAAAGUUAAAGAUUUGGAUAAUAUUGGUAGAGAUUUAAAUCAAGCUACUGCAUUUGAAAAAUUGGGUGAUAAAGCAUCAGCUGGUGGUAAAAGAAGUAGAUCAAUUAAAAGACCUAAAUUGGAAAUCAGAGAAUAA